AUGGCAUCCACAGGCGCUCUCCCGCAGACGCUCAAAUCCAUCACCGCGACCAAAAUCAAAGAGCUCUCCAAGCAGCGCGUGCUCUUUGAAAAACGCAAGGGACAGAUCUUCAAGGCCGCCCAGGACGCCCCCGAUCUCCGCGCCAGGGUCCAGGUCCUCCUCGAAGGCGUCACCAAGCUCAACGGCGACCCCAACGACGCCUUUGACCGCGAGGAUCUCGACGCGGAUGAUGCGGCCUACCAUCACACCGCCAGCGUCGAGGAUGGCUCCGCCCGCGCAACCUACACGAAUAUCCGUCGCUUCCUCCUGCAGAGCCGGUAUGACCCGUCUGUCUCCGAGCGCAGUCUGCAGGACUGGGUUGCGCUGCUGGAGGAGGAGCUGCAGUCGCUACAGCUGAAGCAUGAACAUGCUGCUUUCUACAGUAAGCUGGUGACGGAGUGGUUGGAGAAUUUGGGUAGCGACGCGGCGUCCGCGAGCACCACUCCUAGUGUCGCUGCGGGCGAGCAGAGCGACGACAAGGGGUUUGAACAGGUUGGACGGGCGGAGAUGCAGGAGCAGCGCGCGACGUGGGAGGCGCUGGUUUUCGCGACUGCCGAGAGGAAUCCGGAAUCGAUCCGUGCGUACCUGGACGGGCUUUUCGCCGCGACAGGCAUGUCGCGGCAGGCGCUCAAGGAGCUCCGUGAGAGUAUCAAGUCUUUUGGAACGGAUCUCGCCGCGCAGAAGAAGUCGUUUAGCCUCGACGAUCUCAAGUGGGUGUCUCAGUCGCUUCUGAAGACCGACCUGCUCUCGAAAGAGAAGACGGUCAUCCUGAAGGAGUUCAUGCGCAACGAGGCGGUGGCGCAGGAAGUCGUGGACGUGUUGAACAUGCGCCUCUCUUCCUUGGACAGCUGGACCUGGCCCGAGGAAGGGAUCCCCGUGGAGAUGCGCCGUCAGCUGAACGGGAAAUAUCGCGUGUUCAUGGAUGAGGAUCUGCUGGACGGUCUCCUCUUCCAAUACCUUGGGAUCCAGUUUUCGGUGACAUUCAGGUCCGCGUUCGAUACCUUCUUCAGGACGCGUGCCUGGAAGUUUCCCCGCCAGGAUAUCUCCGAGCAAUUGCGGGAACGGCGCCACUACUUCCUCGACGCGCGUGCAGAUAUAGUCUCCGUAAAUGAUUUCAGGCGGCAGACAUACGCGAACGACUACUUCAUGUCACAGCUGCCGACGUCCGUGGACGCUGACGUUCCGGAGUAUGGUGACGAAGCAAAGAGUGACAUUUCGGCCAUGGGAACACGCAGGAACGUCCUGGAUACCAAGCAUGCUCUGCUCCAUCUCUUGAUCACAGAGUCUAUUCUUCACACUACUCUGCACGGCCAAUUCACCGCGAUUCGCUCGGACUUCAAGUGGUUUGGCCCAUCGUUGCCACAUACCACGAUCCUCACGGUCCUGGACUACUUCGGGGUGCCCCAGGGUUGGCUCGAUUUCUUCAAGAUCUUCCUUCAAGCCCCACUCAAGUUCUCCCACGAUGGCCCCAACGCCACGGUCCAAGUUCGAAAGCGUGGAGUCCCCAUGAGCCAUGUCCUCUCGGACUGCUUUGGUGAGACAAUCCUCUUCUGCAUGGACUACGCGGUGAAUCAGAAAACCGAGGGCGCGUACCUCUAUCGGCUGCACGAUGACUUCUGGUUCUGGGGCCGCGAGGGCACAUGUGUCAAGGCCUGGGACGCCAUGACCGAGUUCUCCGGGGUCAUGGGGCUUGAAUUCAACGAGGAGAAGACGGGCACUGUUCGGCUGAAGAACCCGGAUCCCAAGUUUGAUCAAACCCCCACCGAGGAAACUACUUCAUCGUCCCUGCCGGCCGGGGAUAUCCGUUGGGGCUUCCUGAAGCUCGACCCACAGGAGGGGCGCUUCAUUAUCGACCAGUCGCAGGUGGACAACCACAUUACGGAACUUGGCCACCAGCUCUCUUCGUGCAAGAGUAUCUUCGCCUGGGUGCAGGCCUGGAACAGCUACUUCGCGCGCUUCUUCAGCAACAACUUCGCCAAACCCGCCGUGUGCUUCGGCCGGAGCCAUAUCGACAUGGCCAUCUCGACUCUCGGCCGCAUCGAGCGCACGCUCUUCCCCGACGGUGUCACCGCACAUCUUCGCCAGGUGAUCGCCGACCGGUUCAACGUCCACGACCUGCCCGAGGGAUUCUUCUACUUCCCCAUCGAGCUAGGCGGGCUCCAGCUCCUGAAUCCCUAUAUCCCCUUGCUGGCCAUGCGCGAGGAUAUCAAGCAAACGCCACAGCGCCGGUUGCAGAAGGCGUUCCUGCAAGAUGAGAUCGAGUACCACGCGGCGAAGGAGCGGUUUGAGAAACAAGGAUCACCACAAAGCGUGGUGCGGGUCAUCACAAGCAGCGACGAUCACGAUCGGUCCGCGUUCCUGUCGCUGAAUGAGUACAUGGGGUACCCGGAAACCUACAGCCGACACUUGCUGGCUGCCUACAAAGAUCUCAUCCGCAUCCCUGGCGAGAUUGACAUCGGCCAAACCAUGGCAUUCCGCACCAGUCAAAUGUCGCUGGACAGAACGGGACUGUCGACCUCGCACACCAGUCGCGGGAUCACCGAUUCAUGGGAUACCAUGACGCCGUACUGGCAAUGGACGGCAGAGGUGUAUCAUGCGGAAAUGGUGAAGAAGUUCGGCAGUCUAGCGGCGGUGAACCGGGAGUUCAUGCCUCUGGGGGUUGUUGAGACGCUCCGGGAAGGAAAAUUCAGAUGGCAGGGCUGA